AUGGAAGAAUUGGAGAACAGUUUACUCCAGACUGGGAAAGCACACCGCAUAGAACAAAUGGUGGCGCGCUGGCUGCGGCGCUCCCGAGAUAGCUCGGCCCGGGCUAAAGUUGCUGCUGCUGGUGAGCCUGCUGGGAUCCCAACCCAAGCCCUCACUCCUGUGAGGCACACAGUGAAGAUAGACAAAGACACCCUGCUUCAGGACUAUGGAUUUCACAUUUCUGAGAACCUCCCCCUCACGGUGGUGGCAGUCACAGCAGGAGGCUCUGCUCAUGGCAAGCUUUUCCCUGGUGAUCAGAUCCUCCAAAUGAACAAUGAACCUGCUGAAGAACUUUCCUGUGAACGGGCCAUGGAUAUUCUCAGGGAAGCUGAAGAUUCUCUUUCAGUCACAGUUGUUCGCUUCACAUCGGGAGUCCCCAAAUCCUCCUUCUUGACUGAGGAGAAGAGGGCCAGGUUGAAGACCAACCCUGUGAAGGUACACUUUGCAGAGGAAGUGCUUGUCAGUGGACACAGCCAGGGUAAUUCUCUGCUGUGUAUGCCCAACGUGCUCAAGCUGUACUUGGAGAAUGGACAGACCAAAGCUUUCAAGUUUGAGGCAAACACAACUGUGAAGGACAUCAUCCUCACGGUGAAGGAGAAGCUGUCCAUCCGAAGUAUUGACUACUUUGCGCUGGCCCUGGAAGAACAGUACAGUAUCUCAAGGCUGCACCUGCUACACGAGGAGGAGCUUAUUGAGCAGGUGGUGGAAAGGGAGGAGGCCCAUGAUUCCCGUUGCCUCUUUAGAGUGUGUUUUGUUCCCAAGGAUCCCUUGGACCUCCUGAAAGAAGAUCCUGUGGCCUUUGAAUACCUCUACCUGCAAGUAGGUAACUAGGAUGUGCUUCCAGAAAUGAUGGAAAUGCUGAAACUAAGUCUUGGAAAGGACAUAAAAGAUUGGGGAAUAGAGAACUUUAUAUCUCCAACUUUACUCCGAAACAUGAAGGGCAAAGACAUCAAGAAAGCCAUUAGCUACCACAUGAAGAGGAACCAGACUUUGCUGGAACCCCGACAGAAGCAACUUAUUUCUGCUGCUCAGCUACGUUUAAAUUACCUACAGAUCCUUGGGGAACUCAAGACGUAUGGUGGGAAAAUCUUUAAUGCGACUUUAAUGUUACAGGAUAGAGAAUCCUACAUUGCCCUUCUGGUUGGAGCCAAGUAUGGAAUUAGCCAAAUUAUCAAUAGCAAACUCAACAUCAUGUCUACACUGGCAGAGUUUGCCAGCAUCAACCGCAUUGAGUUGACAGAAGAGUCUGAGAAAGUGAGCAUGGUUAAAGUGUAUCUUCAGGAUAUUAAGGUUUUGACGUUGCUGCUGGAAUCCAACAGUGCAAAAGACCUAGCCUGCCUGAUUGCUGGGUACUACAGACUGUUUGUUGACCCAGUUGCCACCAUUUUCCUUUGGCCUGGAAAUAGACAGCAAGCGCACCGAGUAUCUGCUGAAGAAGGCUAUGAGUCUAGAGCCUGCAGUGACUCAGAGGAGUCCUCGGAAGUGGAAUGUGUGCUGGAGUCCCUCUCUGACCGCCGCCUGGUAAAGUUGGGUCUCUGUAGAACAUUUGCUAAAGAUGAGCCACCUCCUGGGGACAGCUCCACGCCUGAGGUGGCCAGGAGGGGCCCAAGUACCAGUGGAGCCAGCAGCAUGACAGACAGUGCCGAGUCUGAGGCAUCAGACUCGGCCAACACAGAGAGCAGGGGCUGCAGGACCAGCGGCUCAAGCGAGUCCAUAAAUGCCCUGGAAGAGGAUGACUUGGACACCUGCUCCUCCAGCAGGUCCGGUUUUUUCCACUUCAGCUCUCCAGGCUUCCAGGAGGGUCUGGAUUGUGAUAGUCAAGAAGAGAGGAGCAGGAUUGAGACCAGCAGCUUCCUCUGUCUCCUAGACUUGGCAGAGAGUGUCAGCCCUCUGUGCCAGAAGACAGAAUGUCCCCAGGGCUUAGCGCCCGAGGCCUGUAGCUGGGGAGCAGAGCUAAGUGCGAGCAGGCUGGACCCCAGGCUCUAUGAAGACAGCCCAAGGGACUACUACAGUCUAUGUUCCAGAGUCUCCCCUGCCAGCCACUUGAGUGACAGUUCAGAGAGUACCGCUUCCCGGCAGGGUGGGGCUCCACCAGCAUGGGGCCAGCAGGGCUGGAUAGAAGUGCAGCCUGGCACCACACCGGAAGUCCUGUCCCUGCCCCCACCGCUGGCCUUUGAGGAUGGAAGUUCAGAUGAGGAAUACUUUGAUGCAGCUGAUAAGCUCACACCACCAGACACCCUUGAAGGUCCCAGAAUUGCAGAGCCCAGUGCCACAAGGUUGCAGAGAAAGGCCAGCACUUGCAGCCCUGAAGAUAACUCAUAUCUUGGGCCAGAUGGAAAAGAGCCAAACAGGAGAGGAGUUGUGAAAAAGUAUGCCAAGACCCUGAGGAAAAGAAGAUCCUUCCUGCAGACUGAUUAUACCUCUCAAGUCUCCUUUCCCCUGGUGCCAUCAGCCUCCCUGGAAAGCAUGGACGAUGUGUGCUACUAUGACAGGGAGCCCUACCUGACCCUUGGUGCACCCUCCCCUACUGUGUCUUCUCUACAGGACAUGCAGAGUGAGCCAGGCCUUCUGGAGACCAAGGCACUGGGGCUGCUGGCUUCCCUGAGGGAGACCAAGAGCAAAAACCCAGCUUCCAGGGUCAUGGAGAUGGAGCCAGAAACCAUGGAAACCAAGUCAGUCAUUGACUCUCGAGUGUCCUUGAUUUCUGCCAUUCGCCUCCGGGUUGACCUCAGCAAUAAGGACAGUCCUGAGGGGGCACCUCUGGCAGCCUCUGUUGACCCUUCCUCAGCUAGUGCUCCUUACUGUCCCAAUCCAGGUUCUCCUGACCCUGAGGUUGCUCAGACAAAGCCUUUCCAAAUCUUAUCUCCAUUCCAAGACCUGGAUGGUACUGCUCCUGAAGAAGUAGCCACUGAGCCUGGGGACAGUGCUUUCCCCCUCUCCACUGCUGACCAUCAUUCUGAUAGUCCAGAGCCACAUAAUAUCUCUCCAGGAGACACAAUGGAGCUGGGAGAUGUCCAAUUGGAAAUGGGAUCUUUUUUCACACAGCCAGUGCAAGAAACUGCCUCUCAAUACACAGAGCCAUUGUUGUCUCCUGGAGAUGAGCCUAGAAGUAGUGAAUGUGGGAUGAAUUCAGGAGAAAUGGCCUCUGUCCUUACAGAGGAGAAGCAAGAAGUGGCAAGUAACCGUGAAGUUACAAACAAAGAUAGUACUGACCUAUUUCUGGAGAGACCAGGGAAGGAUUCUAGUGUCUCCAGAGGUGAUGGGUCAGACACUGUUCUGCAGGCUCUUGAUGUUAGUGUUAGUACCCCAGCUGGUGAAAUAAUUACCUUCUUAUUAGAGGCUCCUGGAACUGAGAAGACCCCUUCCCCUCUUCCCAGAAGCCCCCAAGUCCAAAGCAGUGAAGCCCACGUUCAAGCCUGCCAAGCCCAAGAACAAAAACUGUUGACAGAGUUGGACUUAGACCCCAAUUUCUUACUUGGAGACCAAACCAGCUCAUCAGUUUCUCCUCCAGAGGAAGUCAAGGCAGAACCACUUAACCAUGGGGUAGGGGAGGAUGCAGCAACUAGGGACACGUCUCAGCAGGUAUGUUUAAACCCUGCGCCUUCCCUGACAGAGCCACCACUGUGUCAAGAGGAGCCCCACCUAGAAGCGUCACAUCAUUGCCAAGAACUGUCAGAAAGCAAAGCCAACCCUUCUGGCAUUUGCCUUCCCACUGAGAAAUCUUUCCUGUGCUUUGUCUCAGAAAGCCACCCAGAAGCUUCUGCCAGUCUCACAAGGGCCGUGUCUCUGGGUUUUGCUGGUGUGAAUGAGGUGGUGGUCCCUGGCAUGGGCAUGGAGCAGUGCAGCUGCCAGUUCUCCUAUGCCACAUGCUUCCGUGGUCCACAGCCUGAGACAGAGGAAGAAGACAGGGGUGCGCAAGCACACCCCACUGCCCCUCUUACCUCACCACCUCCUGCUGGGGGUCCGAUGGUUCUGCCUUGGAGGGCUGCCCGGGCCCACAGCUGCAGCACAGCAUCCCUGUCAAGGAAAAGCCACAUCUGGCCAGAGUACUGCUCCAGGGCAUUGCGACAGCUGAAAGCCACCCCCACCAGCACGCCCCAGGGCUUCGUCCAACUCAUGGAGAGCUUGCUGGAGAUGCAAGACAUUUUAGAAGCUUCUUGGGGAGUUGGAAACAAGCAUCCCCCAGAAAAAUGCACCUGGCACUUUUCAGAAAGCCGGAACCGCCUGUGCAUGGGCUCCCAGAAGCUCCUGUCAAGCUGUCAGCAUGUGAUCAGAAUGGACCAGUCCCCCGAGGAGAUGCAGGGUGCCGUGCGUGACACCUUCCAGCACCUAGUCCAGCUGGCUGGCCUGUGCUUCCAGUUCACAGACUGCAGCCGCUGCUCCGCUCGGCACAGGGAGGCAGCUGGGAACCUGCGGGAUGUGGUCUACACCUACUAUCAGUUUGUAGAAGCUGCAAAAUUGACCUGCGAGAGAGGUUACCAUGACCUGAGUGUAAAACUCUUGGCUCGUCAGUGCACAGCCCUCACAGCUGCUGUGUUUUGUUUGACCCAAAAGUUUCGGGCUUCUACUGCCCUGUGAACAGAUGAACUAUCCAGGGACUCCCUACUCUGCCUGGACCUCUCCAGAAAAGAACCUUCUGAGCCCUUCACACUCCUCCUUUUAAAUGUUUACUAUAUAAGUAUUCAA